GCCUUAUAGGAGUAUAUUUACUAAUAGGGUUUUAGAAACAUGAUGAUACAAGUAGAAAAACCUCUCAGGAUGCUGUUCAUCUCUCACCGGCUUUCCACUCUUUCCCUGUAAACUUGGCUUGUAGCCCUUACACUUGGUUUACCCGACAAAUACACGAGCGAUGUAUCGUGGUUUGUAAUGAAAAGAGAAUUAAUUGAAGUUGUCAGGAAACUGAAAUUGGCAGAUGACAAAGUUAAUCAACCAAGCAGAUUUAUUACAUUAUCCUUCCAGAAAGAAACGUUGGGGAAAGUAAAUUAGAAAUUAAGUGGCUUCAAUCAGCGUGUCUUGUACCGAUAAAUUCUUUCAUUCAGAUAAAAGCUGAUGUUAGGCUGGCUACAUCCAUCUUAUUUAUCUUCUGCGUCAUCCCAUUGAUAUGGUUAAUGUUUGUUUAAUUCUGCACUUUGAAGAAGUCUUAUAAUAAUUACUGCCUGGAACGCAAAUGUAUUGUUUGUUUUUUUACUAGUUGAUUAGUUUUGAAUGGCAAAGUUAGUUUGAGUUCAUAUUACAUUAUCUAAAACGAACGUGUCUUUUAAACACCAUCACCUCUUGUCUUUUAGUUGCUAGGUCUGUGUGUGCUAUGUGUCGGAGUGUAUGCAGAAGUGGAGAGGCAGAAGAAUCGAACCCUGGAGGGGGUUUUUCUGGCUCCUGCCGUGGUCCUCAUACUGCUGGGACUUGUCAUGUUCACUGUGUCUGUGAUGGGUAUGGUGGGCUCCCUCAGGGACAACAAGACCCUGCUGCACAUGUUCCUGUGCGUGCUCUGUGUUCUCCUGGCUCUCCAGGCUCUGGCUCUCAUCAUCGCCCUCAUCUUUGAAAAGACGACAAUCAAGUUGUUCCAGAACAGCAUACGAGAGGGAAUCAAGCAUUACUAUGAUGACCUGGACUUUAAAAACAUAUUGGACUAUGUGCAAGAGAAGUUUUCUUGUUGUGGCGGAGAUGAGUACAAGGACUGGGAAGUAAACCAGUACCACUUCUGCAAUGGCACGAGUGCUUUGGCCUGCGGCGUUCCCUACACCUGCUGCGUCCGUCACAAGGUUGGGGAGGUUGUGAACACACUCUGCGGCUACAAAACUCUCAACCAGCAGCGUGAAACUUUGGAUGGCAUAAUCCACGUCCGUGGCUGUAUCCAUGCUGUCAACUUGUGGAUGGGUGACAACAUCGGAGCUACAAUUGGAAUUUGCUGUGCCUUCGGGCUGCCACAGCUUCUGGGAAUUGUUUUGAGCUGUGUCUUCUGGAACCUUCUGGCGGAAAUGAGCGAGUCUGUAGACAUGGUGGACUUUAACAUCCUGAAACGUGCCGGCUUUAACUACAGCAAACUAGACCUCACGGGGGCUGGUUGGUGUAUGUGUCUACCUCGGGAUGGUGGUUAUCUACCUUUACCUGUAGCAGAACCUGACACCUGGGCUCGGGACCCCAUCCCUUUCGAUUUGGAACAAGACCAGUCUGAAAUUCAUCUCGCACAUUCUCGGCUGGUAAACCAAGGAGCGGAGUUGCAAAUGGGAAUGGAUGAAGUAGACAAUCACGCUUAAGAACCACAGAUAUCGAGGUCAUAUCUCAACAUAUGUUUUUUAUUAAAUUUGUAUAUUAGGCUUUUCCUGUUCACACUGUGUGUUAAGAAAAAAAUAGUUGCACUACAUGUUAGAUCGAUAACACUAUCAUGAAACAAAGAUUUUUUUUAGGAUGAUAUUGCAUGAAAAGGUUUGUAUAAACAAUUAGUCCUAAAGGGGGAACCUUGACAAAACUACACAAGCUUGUAUCGUGUAUAAUAACAUAUCACUUGUUGUUUACAUACUAAUUAUUUUAUACAUCAUUUUAAUGCAUCUUUUUACAUAUUUAAGGCAGUUUGAACUGUUUAUUGUCUUUUUAUAAUGGAAAGGGAAUAUAGAAAUAAUUAAACGAAUAGUUGGCAAUCAGUUAUGUUUAUUUUUAUAAUUUAUGGCUUUAAUGGGUAAUUUAGUCCUUUUUAAUUCAGGGAAAUUUACUGUUGUAAUUUUAGUUGCCAUUAGUGUUGUGAUCGGCAGAUGAAGCUGUGCUUUCAUCACGUUUCUUAAACGUUUAUUCACACAUUUUUAAUUCUGUUUCUUACACUACUGUCAUAAACCACAUUUCUUUUAAAAAUGUGUGCAGGCUUUGUCAGUUAGUGUAAUGCAAGAAUUAUUUCGUAACUGUACGAAGACCUUUGGUCCAACCUGCUUAUCCUCUGCAUAGUUCCAGGAGGGCUGGAAAUCUGAACUAAAUUAUUAUUUAUUAAAAUGUUGCCUUAAGUACAACGGAAGCUUUUUCCUCAGGCUGUUCUGGAAUAGCCACGUUGAUUUGCAGGUAAUUUGUAGUUUUUUUUGUAAGAAUUUCUAUCUGGCCUUGUGUUUGACACUUUAAGCUGAAUUUAUCUGUGAGUGUAAUGCUCAUAAAUAAUGUUUAGUAAUAGUCAAGCACUGUUCUAAUGUGUUUGCUGUUUGAUGAAAAAUGUUAGUCAUGUUUAGGUUGGUGGUGUCAUACUUGCCAUUAAUAUGUAAAAGCUGUCUUGUAUUUCUGAGUCUUUUUGAAAUACCUCAUGUUUGCUUUGAUGACGUUCCUCGAAAGGUGCUACUCUGCUCCAGUUAAUGUAGCUCUGAUUUUGUAGUAACCUUAAUUGUGACUGUCAAUAAAAUUUUGCUUGAA